AUGUCGAUUGAUUAUAGACAUGGGAUUUCCAUUUUGGAGGUCAUCGUCUACAGUCCGACGCUCUUUGUCGCCCUUUGGAUGGCAUUCCACCAUGGGUUCAAAAAGAGCUCGGGCUGGUACUUCUUCGUUAUGUUCUGUCUGGCCCGCAUCAUCGGUGCAGCAUGCUACCUUGCCACCAUCGCAGCUCCUUCCAAUGUGAACUUAUACAUCACAUGGGCGGUUUGCACAUCCCUAGGCAUAUCACCCCUGCUUUUGGCCUCUUGUGGUCUUCUGUCGCGAGCCAAUGAUUCGAUUAUGAGAAAGACAGGGACCCCUUUCAGCCCUAUAAUCUUUCGACUCGUCAAUUUAAUUUCAUUGGUCGCCUUGAUUCUCACCAUCGUCGGCUCCACCCAGAAUACCAACCUCACGCAUGGCCUUGUUACCACAGUGUCCAAGGUGGCCCUCAUCCUGUUUCUAGUCACCUGGCUAGCUGUAUGUGGCCUCUUUGCUCUGAUCGCCGUUCGAUCUCACGGCAUUGAAGAUGGAGAGCGUCGCCUGCUUUUGGCAGUGGGGAUAUCGUUGCCGUUGAUCCUUGUGCGACUGGUCUACUCUUUGGUUUUUGCCUUUGGCCACCGCGCAGAUUUCAACAUGCUUUCUGGAAAUGUCACCAUCCAGCUGGUGAUGUCUGUCCUCGAGGAGAUUGUCAUUGUUUUGGUCUGCUUGGGAAUAGGUCUCACACUCCAAGUGCGACCCAGUGCAGACUAUGCUCCCCAAGCUAGUGUCUCCAGCUAUCAUGGGAGCUCUGUUGAAAUGGAGAAUGGUGGUGCUCAAUCCCAAGCCCCAAAAGAGAAAGACAGCAACGCCCAAAGCGGAGCGGUGGUCCCAUCUCGAGACUUGUGA